AUGGCUGGUGCAGUUUCGGAUUCUCCAACCAACAAACGACCGCUUAUGACGGAGACAGCGACGAAAGAAGGUAAACGUAUCCCAGUGACCCUGCUUUCGGGAUUCCUGGGAAGUGGCAAGACUACUUUACUGCAACACAUCCUUAAGAACAAAGACCAUGCUUUGCGCGUGGCGGUUAUCGUCAAUGAUAUGGGAGAGCUUAACAUCGAUGCCAAUCUCGUGGCUUCCACUGGUGUUCUUCAACGCGAGGAGCAGCUUGUACGCCUUGAAAAUGGAUGUAUCUGUUGUACUCUUCGCGUCGACCUGCUUGAACAGAUUGCUCGCAUCGCACAACAAGGUGAAGUUGAUUAUAUAGUGAUCGAGAGUUCUGGAAUCAGUGAACCUAUGCAAGUAGCCGAGACGUUUGAGUUUGAGCUACCUGAAGGCGCUGAGGAAGAAGUGAAGGUCCAAUCGUCAGUACCUUCAAACAGUUCAAAGCGUUCUCGUACAGAAUCUGGAACGUCGUCGGAUAACGAUACCGGUGCUAUCAGUUCCUUGCCCUCGGCCUCGGCAGGAAUUCGAACCGUUCAGCUUGAUGAGCUACUUGUGCGUAACGGUGAGACAUUACCCCUGCUACGAGAUAUUGCGCUACUCGACACGUGCGUGACGGUUGUAGAUGCUGCUACUUUUUUUCACGUUUUCGAUGACCCGCGUAUGCUAGCCGACGUUGAGGCGAACCGCAGUCAGCUUCCUGAGGGUGAUACACGUACGAUCACUGACCUAUUGAUCGAUCAAAUCGAAUUUGCAGACAUCAUCUUGCUCAAUAAGACUGACUUGGUUUCUUCAAAAGACUUGGAAGCGAUUGAAAAGGUCUUGCGUCGUCUUAACUCGUACGCUAAAAUUGAGCGCACGAUCAAAGGCCGAGUGAACCCCAAAAUGAUAAUUGGCACUGAUCUCUUUUCGUUCGAGCGCGCGUCUCAACAAACGGGUUGGCUCGAGUCACUUUCAAUUCCACACACACCUGAGACCGUUGAGUACGGCAUUGGGUCUUUCUUGUAUAAAGCUUCACGUCCGUUCCAUCCUGCUCGGUUGACCGGUAUUAUACAGGAUGAGUUUGUUAUUGUCGAGUCUCCAACGCUUCCUCCCUUUCCUUCUGACGACGAUGAUAGUCAUGACCAUGACCAGAACGAAGCCGAAGAGGAGGAGGGCGAGACUGCCGACGCGGAGGCAGAUGAAGAAAUGAAUCCUGAAGAAGAUGGUGAACCUCUUGAUAAGCAAGAAAUUGCUAAACGCUUGGAAACAAAGCAAAACGGCUUAUUUAAAAACCUAUUGCGAAGCAAAGGCGUGUUUUGGCUCGGAACUCGACCAUACAAUUACGCAACGUGGUCGCAGGCAGGUUUGUACAUCACCUUGUCAAACGGCGGUAUGUGGAUAUCUGCUAUUCCCGAGGAUGAACGUACGCGUACGAUGAAGGAAUUGCCUAACUACAAUGAGCUCAUGGCGCGUGAGUUUGGUGAUCGCGCUCAAGAACUUGUGUUCAUUGGUCGAUUUUCACAAGAAGAUGAUGAGAUUGCCAAGAUCCGCGCAGCACUAGACUCCUGCUUACUAACAGAUGAAGAAAUGAAACAGUACCAGGCUAAAGAUUUUGAGGAGUGGGAAGAUCCUUUCGAACCAUGGGAGUACUACACUUUCGAAGACGAAGAUGUUUCUAAGUAA